GACGUAGCUCCGCCCCUUGCCCCACAGACCGUCCGCGUGCCGCUGACAGUUCAGUCGCGAGCAGCUCGAGCUCCGCUCCGACGGUUGAAACGUCACAAUCCGGUUAACGGCCGCUGGAUUAAAAACCGGCAACUCAGAGUGAGCUUCUGGAGCUAACGGCUAUCGGUGAGUGGCUAACGGCGUGUCCUGUCGGGUUGAUUGACAGCAAAGCGGCCCUAUGAUGGAGGAGCUUCACGACGUCCAGCUGACUGAGAUUAAACCUCUCCUGACGGGACAGAACGGGAGGAACCUGCAGGACUUUGACUGUCAGGAGCACGACGUGGAGACGGCCCACGGCGUGCUGCACGUUACCAUGAGGGGCGUCGCCAAGGGCAACCGACCCACAAUCCUCACCUACCAUGACAUCGGACUGAACCAUAAGUCUUGUUUCAACAGCCUGUUUAACUACGAGGACAUGCAGGAAGUCACACAGCAUUUCUCAGUUCUGCAUGUCGACGCUCCGGGACAGCAGGAGAACGCUCCAGUGUUCCCCACUGGGUAUCAGUACCCCACCAUGGACGAGCUGGCUGAGAUGUUGCCGUCUGUCCUGACUCAGCUAAAGGUGAAGAGUGUGAUUGGUAUCGGUGUUGGAGCCGGAGCUUACAUCCUCACCAAACUGGCUUUGAAUGAGCCUGGUCUGGUGGAGGGUUUAGUUCUGAUCAACGUUGACCCCUGUGCCAAGGGCUGGAUGGACUGGGCUGCAGCCAAGUUGAGCGGCUGGACGAGUAACCUGGUCGACAUGAUCAUGAGUCAUCACUUCAGCACUGACGAGCUGACGGAGAAUCUGGAGAUCAUCCAGACGUACAGACUCCACAUCUCGCAGGAUAUACCGCAGGACAACUUGGCCAUGUUCUACAACAGCUACGACACUCGUACUGAGUUGCAGAUGGAGCGGCCCGUCCUCGGUCUGAAUGAGAACACAGUCAUCACACUCAGGUGUCCUGCUCUGCUCGUGGUUGGAGACACGUCGCCUGCUGUUGACGUCGUGGUGGAGUGUAACUCCAGACUGAACCCGACCAAGACUACCCUGCUCAAGAUGGCAGACUGUGGCGGACUUCCUCAGGUGGUGCAGCCUGGAAAACUGGCUGAAGCCUUCAAGUAUUUUGUCCAGGGGAUGGGCUACAUCCCUCAUGUCGUAUUAAACCACCUGAGCAGCCAAUCAGUGCCCACAGCUGGUAUGACCCGGCUGGUCCGCUCCAGGACUCACUCGGCCUCCAGCGUCGGAUCCACAGACGGCGUGCGGAGCCGCAGCGCCACCAACACGCUGCCAGAGGGCGCCACCACCAGCAGCCCCCAACACACAGCACGCACCCUGGAGAUGACUGCGUAGGGCUGCUCCUCCUCCUCCUCCUUCUCCCUUCUCCUCGCUCCUCCUGCUUCUCCUCCUGCUCCUCCUCUCUCCUCCUC